AAAACCAAUGGCUGGCAAGCGACUGCCGCGGGCGUAUGGGCGGGCCUUGUUCACAUCUGGAUGCAAAACAUCUGCGUGCACGCCGCUCUGGUGUUUGUACCUCUCGACUUAAAACAUCUCCAUCAUGUGGAGAAACAAAUUCAUCAUCGUCAUCAUCACCUCGGCUGUGAUUGGCGGCCAUCUGAACUUCAACGUGUGCAUGUGGUGCGACACGAGCAGUCCGACGUGUGAGGAGGGCCACGGGGAGCGCAUCUGCUUCUCCAACUGCUCCUUAUCUUCCUUCUGCUCCUCCCCGCACGACAUCUGCCUGGCCCUCUGGCGUCAGACCAACGGCAGCGUGUCGGUGCGCACCGCCUGUCACGAUCCCACGCUGCCGCUGGAGGGGGUGGCGGGGGCUGAGCCUCUGCUCAACUCCGCGUCCCACGAGUGUCGCAUGACCGCGCCGGGGGUGACAGACGGGGGGCUGAAGGUGUGCGCCUGCCAGGGCCGGCACGAGUGCAACGACAAACUCAUCUUCCGCCGCAGCCGCCGCGCUAACGGGUUCUCUUCUGUGGUCCGGGUGGUCCUGGUCAGCUUGCUCACGCCCGUCCCGGCGUUGGUCAUAGCCGCCGCCCUCUACAGAGCCCGUGAGCGCCGCUGUGGCAAAAACAGACCCCGGGAGCGUCCGGCGACCUCGUCGCCGGGGCCGGUCCGGAUGGGAGAAAACAGUCCGGAGGUUGUCAGGAUGCCGGUUUGCCUGGAGGCAGCAGUGGGCGGCGGCCGCUUUGCGCAGGUGUGGCGGGCCCGGCCGCAGGACGAGGGUCGGGACAGUGGCUCGGCGGUGGCGGUGAAGGUUUUCUCUGCCGCGCGAGCGGCUUCCUGGAGGCACGAGGGCUCCAUCUUGGCCGACGGCGGGAUGCGGCACCCCAACGUCAUCGCCUUCCUGGGGGCGCAGGUGAGGGGCGGGGCCUACUGGCUGCUGCUGGCCUAUCACAGGUUGGGCAACCUCCAAGACUUCCUGACGGCCAACGUGCUGGAGUGGGAGCGGCUGGUUACGAUGGCGACGGGUCUUGCGCGCGGCCUGGCGCACUUGCACAGUGACACCCUCUGGCCGCUGGGGGCGCCAAAGGUGUCGGUGGCUCAUCGAGACGUGAAGAGCAGCAACGUGCUGCUGAAGGACGACGGCGACGUGGUUCUGUGCGACUUUGGCCUGGCCAUCAAACUCCACGCUGAGCUCACCGCGGACGACUUGGCCAACAGCGGGCAGGUGGGCACAGCUCGCUACAUGUCCCCGGAGGCGCUUGAGUCCCGCAUCAACCUGGAGGAUGGCGAGUCCUUCAAGCAGAUGGACGUCUACUCCAUGGCGCUGGUCCUCUGGGAGAUGGCCUCGCGGUGCUGGGCCAUCGGAGAGGUAGGCAGCUACACACCGCCCUUCGGUGACGAGACGAGCCAAUGUCCGCGCGUGGAUGCCAUGCGCCGUUUGGUCUUCAGGGGGCGCCCCGAGAUCCCGCCGAGAUGGAUGCGGCAUCAGGGGAUGAGCGUCUACUGGCAGACAGUUACAGAGUCCUGGGACCACGACCCCGAGGCACGCCUCACGGCGCACUGUGUGCUCGAGCGAAUGCGCGGCCUCGGGAGGCGGGAACCCAUAGAAGUACGCUUGAAAGAGGAAGGGCCAAAUAUCCUGGCCCGAAGUCAGAAUACAAAGGAAAGUCACAAACAAAUGAUGGCAACAUGAUUAAAAGCAGUCGAGAAUCAAAAUGGUUCAAA